AUGAAGCUUUUGUCCGCUACCAUUAUAGGGUUGCUUCCGUUGGCUCUAGCCAACUCGAUCCUGGUUACUUUCCCGAAAGGAACCCCCGAUUCAGUUGUUGAUCGGGCGAAGAAAUCGGUUGUGGAUUCUGGGGGCAUGAUCACACACGAGUACACUUUGAUCAAGGGAUUUUCUGCCAACGCUCCGGAGGCAGCGGUCCAGCAGAUAUCAACCGAGUCUGCGGCAUACAGCCCCCAUAUCGAGGAGGACCUGACUGUCUCGACCCAGUAA